UUAAUCUUGAGUUGAAAAUGUUGACAUGUCAAUGUAACCAGUUCAUGUAUCAUCUGCUGUCUGACGUGUUUCAAACUAAUUUGUUAGGCCAUUCUUUACACACUGAUUUUGACUACGGAAUUAUUCCGUUUAUCUGAUUAAGAUGUAGAGGCAAUACAACUUAUCACUGGGUCAAAUGCUGUCUGAUGUGUUUCAAAUCCAUUGUUAUCGUUCUUAGCACACUGAUUUUGACUACGGAUAACUCCGUUUACCUGGUCAAGAUAUUAGGCUCACGGUGGAUGUGAACGGUCGACAGGGGAUGCUUAGUCCUAGGCACCUUAUCCCACCUCUGGUGUGUCCAGGGUUCCGUGUUUGCCCAACUCUCUGUUUCGUAUUGCUUAUAGGAGGUAUGAGAUUGAUCACUGUUCGUUAUCUUCACCCUUCAUAGGGCUCACGGUGGGUGUGACCGGUCGACAGAGGAUGCUUACUCCUACUAGGCAUAUCACCCCGUAUGUGGUGUGUCUAAGAGUCCGUGUUUGCUCAACUCUUUAUAUUGUAUUCCUUAUAGGAAUUAUGAGAUUGAUCACUGUUGGUUAUCUUCACCUUUUCAUCAAAUACAUGAUCGGCUUAUUUGAGCUCUUGGAAUGAAAUUGAAGGUAAUGAGUCUAUAAGAUAAAGAAGACACUUCAUGAUUGUGAUAUCUGAAUGUCCCGAAUAGGUCUUUUCCUCCUUUUUCUGUCCUUAAACGGGGAGGGGCAUAGAUUCUCUGAAUUAUCUUGUUAAUCCUUUUCAUAUGAAAACUGAGAAAAAUAUUUUAGCUACAUAUACAUAUAUAUUUAGUGAAUCGUACAAUAGAAUUAUAAAUAUUGAAGCUCGUUCAGAACAGACGUUAUUUUAUUGCCCCAUAUUGCACUCGAUGAUUUCAAUAUGUAGACAUUAUGUUUGUUCUCAGCUUUCGUAGUUUAAAUUUAGUGAGUGUUUGCAUUCUUAUUGUAUUUAUCUAGUUUUCAUUUAUAUGUAUAUGUUCUGUUGUCCUGAAGAAAGGAUACAUGUAGGUCGUCCCGAAAAUUUGAGAAGUUCAUAUUGUACGUGGCGAUGUUCAUUUUUUACGCUUUAUAUAUCCUUAUUUAUUUGACCUCGUACAUUAAGAUCUGACACUUUGGAGUGUUGUUGGUAUUUAGUGCUCUCUCUCUCUCUCUCUCUCUCUCUCUCUCUCAUAUCUAUUAAAACACUAAGUGUUAUAUCAAAAUCUAACGAUAAUGUAAGGAAAUUAAUCUGGAAUGUGGAAAUGAACUAUGUGUCUAUUAAAAUUUCAUUUCAAUCUUACUCCUUACAAGGAUUUGUGAUAUCUGUACCUGAAUCUAUUUUCUCCUAGAUACAAAGAUUGUAAAACUUUGUAAAAUGUUUUCAAAAAUAUCUAGUAAGUAUAAUGUAAGUACAUAUAAGAUUAAUCUCGAGGAUAUAAACCAUGUACAUUGAUAUCUGACGACUACGUGAAAACAAAUAAGUUCAAGGACGAAUUGAGUGAUAAACGUACAAUAUCACGUCCUGGAGGAUGGUUUACGAAAUAUGUAAGACGAAUUGAGUGAUAAACCUACAAUAUCACGUGUCCUGGAGGAUGGUUUACGAAAGAUGUAAAUUAUUUCAAUCGAUUUCUUCAUUGUCAAAGUUUUCUUCAUUCUAAUCCUGGGCUUACUUGUCCAGAAUGCAAAGUAAUACGUAAUAAAGUAGAUGUUCUUCAAAAAGGUUAGUAGAUAAAAAUUAAAAAGUUUACGAAAAAGCAAACAAACCAAAAGGAAAAAAGAAAGAAAGAAAAUUAAAAAAAAAGAAGAAAAAAGGAAAAGGAAAAAAAACAUACACCCCACCAACCCCCCCCCACCCCCAAAAAAACAACAACAAAAGCAAAACAAUGAAUUUUUACAUAAAAAAAAGAAAGAAAGAAAGAAGUAUGUCGAUCUUUCGCUGCUACUAAACGAAGUUCUUAUAACCAACUAUUUCUAUUUUAUAAAACCAAGAUAGUAAUCACUUCAACUGCUAACACCACGGGAUGAUCAUUUCUGAUUGAUGCAAUGCGGGGUCAUUGAGUCGGUAUAUCCAAUUUCUCUUUCAUUCUGAUUGAGCAAUUCAUCGCUCAUUGCAUUUACAUUAUUUCCUUUUUACUUCGUGUUUUUCUCGGGAAUAAACAAAGUACAAUGUUUGCUGUGAUUCAUGCUACAACUGCCCAAAGACGGUCUUGAAUACGUCAGGUGACGUAACCAAUAUACUAACCAAUGGAAUGAUUGGUAAAGCCAGUGGCUUAACUUUCAUAACUGAUUUUCAUUUUGUAUUCACUAUGACAUGUCCAUAUAUAGAAAAUACACACAUACAUAUUCGUAUACAGAUUGGGUGGUCUUUGCAUCUUUAUCUGACAGGGAUAACAAUGAGAUAACAAAAUCAACGUUCUCGAUAUUCACAGCAAUACUGUACGCAGCUUAUGUGCAAUAUAUCUAAGCCAACAUACUGUUUGUAUCUUUAAACAUGCGGAUGUUCGGUUUUGGCGCUGUUUUUGUAGCGUUUUGUGCAAUUUGUGAUGCCGAUAUACAGUUUCCAUCUUAUGAAGACCUCAUAUCGUUCGACGUCAGAUUGUUAAAUCCAAAACCCCUAAGUAACGUCACAAACCGGCUGCUAGAGCUGAAGUCUGUUGUUAAUCAAGUACAUGAUGUCAAUUUCCUAAAAUCCUUAGCAGAUUCUAAUGGUGACACUUUGAAAUCAUCAGCAGAAGACGGAUCUGUUCUAUUCGCUGACAAAUAUAACGUGUCGGAAACCUGUCGAGAUCACUGGAAUCGCGCGUUCACAGCACUGAGGGCGAAUGAGUACUGGGCUCUCAAAAUGAUUGACUCUUCCGCCAAAAUUGAAUCUGGAGUUUUAGAUGGCAACACUAAAUGGCUGGGAUCCUAUGAUGAGUGCUUUAAUUUGGAAGUUCCAGUGAAGCAUUUCAACAUCAGUUCGAUUGAGACACAAUUCUGUUUUGCUCACAUACCUUUAAAACUGGCGUAUAUUCCUUUAGAGACAGAUAUUGGCCUGUGUGCACCCAAAGCAUGUUCACAGAGAGACUUGAUGGAAUUAUACAACGAAUUAUUGGGUAUUGUACAAAGUGUGAUACCCACGUCCAAUCCAAUCUACGCUUCCUAUGUGUAUUGUCCAGAGAAACCCGAAAUCGACACAAGAGCCAUUGUUGCCAUCUCCAUACUUGGAGUGUUUGCCGCUUUGAUAUUGAUAAGCACAACGUAUGACGUUGUGAAGCAGUUGUUGUCUCGCACUGAUCGUAGUUCAAUGAAGACCGUGCCCGAUCAAUCAGUAGAAAUCUCGACUGGCGAGAAAACUCCCCUACUGAUGGAUGAAAAGGCAAAUAUGAUAAAAAAGGAAGAAUCAAUACUGGAAAAGUUGCUGCUUUCGUUUUCUGCUUACACCAAUGGGAAGAAGCUUCUCCAAGUGAAUCAGUCCGCGGGAACACUGACUGCAUUGAAUGGGAUACGGUUCCUCAGCAUCUCCUGGGUCGUUCUCGGACACUCUUACGCAUUCAUUAUGGGGGAAAUGAGCAACUCCUAUUCUGGAUAUGCAAUGUUAUCCAAACGCUGGUCCUUUCAAGCUGUCAUCAAUGCUCUGGUUUCGGUAGAUUCUUUCUUUGCUUUAAGUGGCCUGCUGCUUUCCUACCUGACACUGAAGGAAAUGAAGAAAGGGAAGGGGACUUUCAGGAUCAAUUGGUUCAUGUUCUAUUUCCACAGAUUUUGGAGAUUAACUCCCGUGUACAUGAUUGUACUGAUGAUCAGUGCCUGUCUUGGACGGUACUUUGGAGAUGGGCCAGUGUGGCCUAAGGACGGGUUCGAGAGAAACUUUUGUAAAGACACGUGGUGGAGAAAUCUUCUUUACAUCAAUAAUUUAUUCAAUGACGAUCAGUGCUUUGGAGUUUCCUGGUACCUUGCAAACGAUAUGCAGUUCUUCAUAUUAAGUCCACUUAUGCUUGUGCCGUUGUAUUUCUUUUAUCCAGUAGGAAUAGGCAUCUGUUUUGUUUGGCUGCUCGGAUCUGCUAUAACACCAGGGGUUAUCUCAAACGUCUUGGAUCUUCCACCAUCAACGUUUGGCGGCGGAGGAUCGGAACAAGGAAGAGCAGAUUACUCCAAUAACUACUACAUCAGACCCUACUGUAGGAUAGGACCCUAUAUUGUCGGAAUCAUUGUUGGAUCAUUAUUAUACAAAACAGACUGUAAAGUGAAGAUCAAUAAGUUCUUGAAUCUGCUCUUGUGGUUAAUCUUCGCCACUCUGGCUAUCGUAGUCCUGUACGGACUCCAUGAUCCUAUCUCCCAUCCGGAUGAUAUCCUUAAUCGUGAUGUGUCAGCUCUCUACAAUGCCACUCAUAAGAUUGUAUGGGGAGCAUGCGUAUGCUGGGUUAUAUUUGCCUGUGCUACUGGAAAUGGCGGAUUCGUCAAUACCCUGUUGUCGUGGUCUCCAUUUGUUCCACUAGCUCGACUCUCGUAUUGCAUCUAUCUGACUCACGCCACUGUGAUGUAUGCUUUUAUAUAUAGCCAACGUACAGAAUUUUAUAUGGAUGACAUCAACGCGAUCUAUCUAUUCCUUGGCCAUCUUGUUCUGUCUACUAUGACAGCCUUUGUGGCCUCAGUUGCAUUCGAGGCUCCGAUGAUGGGAUUAGAGAAAAUACUUCUUAGAAGACGACAGAGAAGAUAGUUUUCACUGAAUAAUCUGAUUCAUAUACUCUAAGCUCCCUUCGUGUGUGCGAUGUUUUGUCAUAAUUAUGACUAUAUUAUGAUUGGUAUCCUGUAACUAUAUGAAGGGAAGAUAACUGCAGAACGAAAUAUCAGCAAUGUAGGAAGUAGAAAAGAUAGGUUAAAGAGCCUAUUUCGGCCCCAAAAUUAAUGGUUUAUUAUAAACAUUAGCCUAAUAAUCAUCCAAACGAUCCAUAUUGACUACCUGUCUUUCAUUAUGACAUCAUGACUGUGGAUUUUUUGUGUUAUGACGUCAUAACCUGCGUCAUCAAUUGCAAAUUCUUGAAACUGUGUAAAAUAAAUUUUGGGUUUUAAACCAUUUUCAUCUAAUGAUAGGAUAAAAGAACAUUAAUGAGUUUUCGAUGUUACGUAAAAAAAAUAAUCGUGGGUUGGAGGUUUAAAUAUUUAUUGUUUAUUGGAUUGAUCUUUCUCUUAAUUAUUGGACUGAAUAUUCUUUUGCAUUCAAAAUCUUUAAUAUAUAUUUUGUUGUGAUUCGCAGAAAACGUGGUGUUUGCUUGAAAGGUCAUUUCAAGUUCGCCAUGGAUAUGAUGGAUAUGAAAUAUAGCAUUCUUCAAUAAUGUCCAAUAUAGGUUUGCGCUUCCAUGAUUUCAACAUAACUAAAUAAUUCACAUUUUGUGUUAUUUGCAAGAUGUAAGAUUUUUGGUAAAGUGCUUACUGUCCGAAUGCAAACAGAUUUUAUCAUUAUGUACUGUGAACCUUUUCAAUAAAUGGAAUAGAGAGAUUAAUAUCAA